AUGCGGGAUAAAAAGGUGACUGAAUUCCAAACUCUCAGACAAGGGAACAAGACUGUUGCUGAAUAUGAGGCCCAAUUUGCAAAGCUAGCCCGGUUUGCACCGCACAUGGUGGACACGGAUUAUAAGAAGGCACAAAAAUUUGAAAGGGGAUUACGGGGAGCAAUUCUGGAUCGAGUCAAUAUGUUGAAGUUGCCCACCUAUGUAGACGUGCUGGAGAGGACUGUUAUAGCUGAAGGAAACCUUGCUGCUCAGAAUCGGAUCUCCGAGUGGAAAGGGAAAAGGCAGAAUAAUCAAUGGUCAAAGGGGUCAAGUAUUCCACCGAACAAGAAACAAAAUUUAGGGACUUCAAAUACUUCUGCCCCUAGUCAGGGUACGAUUCUUGGUUGUUCGGAAUGUGGAAAGAAGCAUCGUGAGACAUGCCAAUGGAAGUCUGGAGCCUGUUAUCAGUGUGACAAAAUGGGUCAUUUGAUAAAAGAUUGCCCUCAGAGGAAUCAACGAAAUGGCAAUAGGGUUGCUACUAGUUCAGCGGGGUCUGCACCAACCACCAACACCGAGUCAGUUACCAAACCUACGACCAAUAAAGACACUGCGAGACAAGGCAGGGUGUUUGCAUUGGUUUCGAGAGAUGUACAGAAUGCGGCAACGGUGGUAUCAGCAACUUUUAUGGAUCUGAUGAACCGUGUCUUUAAGCCCUAUUUGGAUGAAUUUGUGGUGGUUUUUAUUGAUGAUAUCCUCAUCUAUUCGAAGAAUACAAAAGCUCACGAGAAUCAUCUCCGCUUGAUCCUUCAAACCCUCCAGGAAAAGAAACUGAGAUUUGUUCAAGAUUUUUCUAAAAUUGCCGUGCCACUUACACAACCGACUCGAAAGGGUGUUGCAUUUGAAUGGUCAGAAGAGCGGGAAUCUGCCUUCCAAGAAUUGAAGACAAAGUUGACUACAGCACCAGUGCUGGCCUUACCAUCCGGUACCGAAGGGUUUGUAAUCUACAAUGAUGCUUCCCAUAAAGGACUUGGUUGUGUAAUUAUGCAAAAUGGGAGAGUUAUCGCUUAUGCCUCUCGUCAGCUGAAGCCCCAUGAGAAGAAUUAUCCCACGCAUGAUCUGGAGCUAGCAGCAGUAGUUUUUGCUUUGAAGAUAUGGAGACACUAUUUAUGCGCUCAGUCGGAAAAGUAUGGGGACUUUGGCAAGUUUGGUUAUAGGGCAAAAGGAAUUAGCAAUUUAAUUGGAUAA